GACCUUACAAUCUACCACCUCCAACAUAAUUUGUUCUCAUCAACACUUCUCUUGACAGCUCUCUACUUCCCUGCAGAUUCUACAGAUUUUCUACCCCUGCUAUAGCCCGACUGUGUGCUGGUUCGCGCAUAAGCAACUAUCAACAUCGUGUCGGCUUCGCCGCGUCUUCGCGCUGAACCUGAUCGUGUGUUGUAUAGCGAGCUUCUUACCUGGACCAGCCCGACUGUGUGCUGGCGCGCGGCAGUAGAGAUCAUCGUGGCCUGUAGUCUUUCCAUCACGAGUCAGGGCUGCUCAGAAGCGUAUGCUCACCAAAGCCCGGGUGGGCGGGUUUCUGUACGUGAUACGUGCAGGGCAAAGGUGAUAUAUUCGUGUUUUCUUUGGCCAUCACUGAUAUGCAGGAGGUUGAUCCUGGACCGGACGACAGCGUUGACCUGUCCGGACUCGAAGAGAAUAGCAGACUAGAAUGGGCUAUAAAAAAUCAUGCUGUUAUAGCAAUUUGGGACGAAAAGUUGAGCCAUUCCACUUCUGCCUCGAGACAUCUAGGAAACAGAACGCCGCACAACCGAGAAGACUCCAAUCUCCGCCUGUGGAUGGGUGAGGAUACAGAAACCCAACAACUCCUCACUGUUCUGGUUAUCGACAUACGACUUCGCGCAUCUCGAAAGACGCCUCCUAGGCGAAUGUUUUUCGUAAUACCGUCUGAGUCGCUUCGCCUCGAGAUUACGACGCCCACGUUUGGGGAACUUUGUAAACACAAUGUGCCUGACUCGCUGCUGGAAUACCCGAGCGACAAAUGUUCCGCAGACUCGGCUCGUCUUUUGCACAUUUCAUUCAAUCUGGACCACGCAGCCUCAAGCAUGGUCAUUAUGCCGAAAGCUGAGUGUUCACGCCCGACAGUGGGGCAGCCGCUACAUCUGCUUCAAAGUCUUAGGUCGCUCUCUGUAGCCCAAAAGUUCGAUGUGUAUCUGAAUUUCAACACUUAUGCUCAACAACAUCUGGGUGGACUUAUGAUGAAGUUGAAUCAGAGUACACUGAUCACGCCAUCGAUUGACCUUGCGUCAAUGUAUGCUGGCCGUGGUGGAAGCAUCGGUAAUUGGUCUGCCCAGGGACUGCUCGAAGAAGGUCAAGCGACAUUAUCACACAAGCGAAGAAAGAUUGUUCAUGAAGACGAAUGUCAAACAGAAGCCGUUGAGCAGUUUCCCCCACCUUAUAGUACUCUAGGUGGGCAGAUUCUUGUUCCACGAAGUUGCACACCCGAGCCCCUUGCCUUCGCCAUUGGAUCUGGUAGUUGCGUUCCUGACACGCCUCAAGUCCUACUAAACCCACCUGCUAAGGAUCUUGGACUCGGAAAUUCGCUUUCGACCAUUGCUCCCUCAGUAGCAUGUGCUCAAAAAUCAGCAAUUCUGACUGAAAAUUACGAUUUGAAUGUCACAGUUCAGCCGCUUGUGCUUCCCUCACCCAAGUCAUCUGCGCUGAACAACUCCUCAUGUCAACCCAAUUUACUCGCAUCGCAGAUCUACGUCGAUAUGUGCCUGUGGCUAACUAAGGCAUGGACUACCUGCCCUAAUGCUCAUUUCCUAUUUUCUGCACAUCUGCUUAGCAUGGGUGCCGCUGCUCACGACAAAGACGAUGUUUUGUACACUUGCAAAAGAGCAGAGAGCACGACUGACCUGCUGUACCACCUUGCCCAACGAAUUGACAGCCGAACUCCUACAAAUUCCGGAAUGAUUUUCCUCCGCGAAAAAGGGCGACAAGCUAGCGCAGCUUUAAGAGAAAAAGCGAUCAAGCAAGAGACCACAAGAAUGGUUAUAUGGAUGAAUAUCAUCAGACCGCAUGCAGACCUUCCCCUGAUGGAUGAAUGUUUAGCCAGAUGGGUAGAGAAGGGUGUCCAGCUAAUUCAGUAUAGCCAGGAUGGGUCAGAAGGUCUGGAUGCGUAUGAUAUGCUCCUGAGCGAAUUUGGCCGAUGCAAGGCAUUCUGUGUUGCAGAGACCUGUCUCUCGCUUGGCAAAGAAUCCAUGGCGAGGCUCGAUGGAAUCGUGGCGAGGUUGCAGGAGGAAGCCAAGCGAUAGUUAUAGCAGUAGACAGUAAUUAUAUAAUGUGAAGAUUUCAUCUCAGUCGUUCAAGAGAGCU